GUCGGCCAUAUCUGUCUUUUUGCCGUGACUGAAGGAGAGAACCCGAGUCAUGAAAGGAAUCCGAACUCUUAAUCAACUCUCCAAACGAUGUUACGUAGCCCCGAGACAGAGUGGCUCUCUGACUGAACCGUUUUUGACAAAGAAGCCUUCGUCCCCGCCUCUCCCAGCCCAAGAUGUCCAGGUGUCCAAACUUCCCAGCGGUCUCGUCAUUGCGUCCCUGGAGAACUACUCUCCCGUCUCUAAAAUCGGAGUAUUUGUGAAAGCGGGCAGUCGCUAUGAAACGGUGGAAAGCCAAGGAGUCACUCACCUCCUGCGAUUGGCCAGCAAUCUGACUACCAAGGGAGUGUCUGCGUUCAGGAUCUGUCGGGGCAUUGAAGCCGUGGGGGGCAGUCUCAGUGUGACCUCAUCAAGAGAAAACAUGGUGUACUCUCUAGACUGCCUGAGAGAUGACUUCGCUGAGGUCGUGGAGUACUUGACCAAUGUGACCGCAGCUCCAGAGUUCAGGCCAUGGGAGGUGUCUGACCUCUCCCCCAGGGUUAAGAUAGACAAGGCCAUCGCUAAUCAGUGUCCACAGAUCUCUGUUGUUGAGAAGUUGCAUGAAGCUGCAUAUAAGAACGCUCUUUCCAACUCUCUGUACUGUCCGGACUACAUGGUGGGGAACAUCACUCCUGAUCAUUUGCACUCUUUUGUUGAGAAGAAUUUCACGAGUGCGAGAAUGGCCCUGGUCGGAAUAGGUGUCAAGCACUCAGUACUGAGGCAGGUGGGAGAGCAGCAACUGAACAUACACAGAGGACCUGGUGUGGGCGGGACUAAAGCCAUCUACCGCGGAGGUGAGCUGCGUGUGCAGAACGGAGACGGACUGGUCCACGCCCUGGUGGUUAGCGAGGGGGCGCUGGCGGGAUCGGCAGAGGCCAACGCCUUCAGCGUGCUACAGAGGGCUCUGGGAGCGGGACCACACGUGAAGAGAGGCUCCAAUAUCACCAGCAAGCUCAGCCAGGGUAUCGCCAAGGCAACCACGCAACCAUUCGACGCCUCAGCUUUCAAUGCCACAUACUCAGACUCGGGGCUGUUUGGAGUUUACACCAUUUCACAGGCCGACUCAGCCGCAGAGGUGAUUAAAGCAGCAGUGGGCCAGGUGACCGCGGUGGCACAAGGGGGUCUCUCUGAAGAGGAUCUGGCCAGAGCCAAGACCCAGCUAAAGGCAGAGUACCUGAUGUCUCUGGAGAGUUCAGAGGGUCUGUUUGAAGAGUUGGGUGCCCAGGCACUGGCCACAGGAACCUACAGUUCAUCUGAGGUCGUGACCCAAAGCAUCGAUGCUGUGACCUCCACCGAUGUUAUGAAUGCUGCAAAGAAGUUUGUGGCAGGCAAGAAGACAAUGGCUUGUAGUGGCCACUUGGUGAACACACCUUUUGUGGACGAGUUGUGAGAAACGUGGUUAUUUAACAUUUUACCUGAGGCUGUUUAUUUGACAAACAGAAGACCCUGAAAACAGUUAUAAUGCAAUGGCCUCCCACUGGCCAAGUCUCUGUAUCAGUCUCCACCAACUGCUGUUUGUUCUGUACGAAAUGUUCCACAUCGACAGAGGGAAAUGCAUUUUUGUCCAUUUCAUUGUAUAUCUGAUGUAAAUUCAUUAAAAGGUCUAUCCACAGUA